AUUGCUUUUCCCACUCCACAUUUGUUUCGUCAGCUGCUGGCUGCAGGACAACGUGACGUUUUAUGUGUCUGUGGUUGCCUACGCUGCGCUGGUCUUUCUCUUCAAUACUGCGGUAAAAAAAACCUUAACAUUUCAUUAAAAUUCAUAUUAAGUUCAAACACUGGACUGCUUCCUCAUUAAUAAUCUCCUAAUUAGCUUUCUAAUUUUCACACAGUUGUAGAAGGAAUAUCUACAGGACCUAUCAAUUUGACAGCGCUAAUUUUUGACAAUACUUCAAAAAAAAAACAAACUACAUCUUAAAAUGUUAAAGUUUUGCCUAGCACAACUCAGUACAAUAUUUAACUAACCCUCCAUCAAAGCUCACAUUCGAAGGUACUUUUGUUUUUAUCAUGCAUCUCUUAUUUUAAAUUCAAAUACUGUUUUCCUAUGAUUUCACUACUCUAAAGUUUAAACCUUAUUUUCAAUCUUCUUUUAGAUCUUUGUAGUAGUUCUGAUCCAGAUUCACCACAUGCGAGUCAACAGCCCGGCUGGGAGCCAUAGUGGACUGAUGCAUGACCUGAAAGGAGUUGCCAGUCUCACCUUGCUACUUGGACUAACGUGGACUGUUGGCUUCUUCACCUGGGGGCCUGCCAGAGUUGUCCUGCUGUACCUGUUCUCUGGACUCAACACGCUGCAAGGACUUUUCAUCUUCCUCUUCCACUGUCUGAUGAAGGAGAAUGUGAGGAAGCAGUGGAAGAUUCACCUCUGCAUUGGACGUUUUCAACUUGACGAGUACUCUGAGUGGAGCAACUCAGCUUCAGCAGGCGUCAUGGCCAACCCCAGAUCAAAUCCUCUAAGAGCAUCAUUACCAUCGGUCCGCUCGGUCAAGUCCAGCUCCACAGACAGCACAUCAGCUUCCUCCAACUCGAGCCAGAGAGACUCACCUUGUAAGAGACCAAACCUGGCCUCCUGCGUAUGA